GAGAGUCUCACAGUUGCUGGGUUGGAGGGGGAGUGAGGCUUGUAGUUUCCCUCUUAAAGUGAAACUCUCCCGAAAGACAUUUGGAUUUUUGUCUUUUUGUCGAAACAUAACAUUAAAAUAUAGCAUAAAAAGAGCGUUUGAGCAAACGCAUAUUUUUUUCCUCUUUUUGGGCAGCGGAUUUAAGUUAUCAACAUGCCGGUAUUUCACACUAAGACCAUAGAGAGUAUCCUGGAGCCCGUGGCUCAGCAGAUAUCCCACUUAGUGAUAAUGCACGAGGAAGGGGAGGUGGACGGCAAGGCAAUCCCAGAUCUCACCGGACCAGUGGCCGUAGUGCAGGCGGCGGUCAGCAACCUCGUCAGGGUGGGGAAAGAGACAGUUCAGACCACAGAAGACCAGAUAAUGAAGAGAGACAUGCCGCCGGCUUUCAUUAAGGUGGAGAACGCCUGUGCCAAACUGGUCCAGGCGGCUCAGAUGCUGAAAGCCGACCCCUACUCCGUCCCCGCCCGCGAUUACCUCAUCGACGGCUCCCGUGGGAUCCUGUCCGGAACCUCCGACCUGCUCCUGACGUUCGACGAGGCUGAGGUCCGCAAAAUCAUCCGGGUGUGCAAAGGCAUAAUGGAAUACCUGACCGUGGCUGAGGUUGUGGAAACGAUGGAGGACUUGAUCACAUACACCAAGAACCUGGGGCCAGGAAUGACGAAAAUGGCCAAGAUGAUUGACGAGCGGCAGCAGGAGCUGACGCACCAGGAGCACCGGGUGAUGCUGGUCACCUCCAUGAACACGGUCAAGGAGCUGCUGCCCGUGCUCAUAUCAGCCGUCAAGAUAUUCGUGACGACGAAGAGCACGAAGAGCCACGGCGUGGAGGAGUCGCUGAAGAACCGCAACUUCACCUUCGACAAGAUGAGCGCCGAGAUCAGCGAGAUCAUCAGAGUCCUGCAGCUGACCUCCUGGGACGAGGACGCCUGGGCCAACAAAAAGGACAUGGAAGCCAUGAGGAGAGCUUUAGCGAUCAUCGAGUCUAAGAUGAACCUGGCGAAAGGCUGGCUCCGAGACCCCAACGGCCUGCCAGGGGACGCUGGGGAGCAGGCGGUGCGGGUGAUCCUGGACGAGGCGGGGAAGGUCGGGGAGCUGUGCGCGGGGAAGGAGCGCAGGGAGAUCCUGGGCGCGGUCAAAGCCCUGGGGCUGAUCUGCGACCAGGUGUGCGACCUGCGCGCCAGGGGCCAGGGGCCCACGCCGGUGGCGAUGCAGAAGGGCCAGCAGGUGGCGGGGGGGCUGGACAUCCUGACGGGGAAGGUGGAGAACGCGGCUCGUAAGCUGGAGGCCAUGACAAAUGCCAAGCAGGCUAUUGCCAAGAGGAUCGACGCUGCACAGAGCUGGCUGGCGGACCCUAACGGCGGCCCGGAGGGGGAGGAGAACAUCCGCGCUCUCCUGGCAGAGGCCAAGCGCAUAGCCGAUCUGUGCGAGGACCCCAAGGAGAGGGACGACAUCCUGCGCUCCAUCGCCGAGAUCGCCAUGCUCACCGCCAAGCUGGUCGAGCUCCGGAGACAGGGUAAAGGGGACACUCCCGAGGCCAGGGCCUUGGCUAAGCACAUCGGCGCGGCGCUGCAGAACCUGCAGUCCAAGGUCAACAGGGCGGUGGCCAACAGCAGACCCGCCAAAGCCGCCAUUAACCUGGAGGGCAAGAUGGAGCAGGCGCUGCGCUGGAUUGAGAACCCGAGCGUGGAUGACCGCGGCGUGGGCCAGGCCGCUAUCCGGGCGCUGGUGGCGGAGGGGCGGAGGCUGGCCAACGGGCUGCUGGGGCCGUACCGGCAGGACCUGCUGGGGCGCUGCGACCGCGUGGAGCAGCUGAUGCUGCAGCUGGCCGACCUGGCGGCGCGCGGCGAGGGCGAGUCCCCGCAGGCGCAGGCCGUGGCCCACCACCUGAAGGAGGCCCUCAAAGACCUGAAGGCGAAGAUGCAGGAGGCGAUGACUCAGGAAGUGUCGGACGUCUUCAGUGAUACGACCACACCCAUCAAGCUGCUGGCUGUGGCAGCUACCGCACCCCCUGAAGCCCCCAACAGGUCUGAGGUGUUUGAUGAACGAGCGGCUAACUUUGAGAGCCACGCCGGCAGGCUGGGGGCCACAGCGGAGAAGGCCGCAGCUGUGGGGACGGCUAACAAGAGCACCGUGGAGGGCAUCCAGGCAGCAGUCAAGUGCGCCAGAGAGCUAACCCCACAGGUGGUCUCCGCUGCCGUGAUUCUGCUGAAGAACCCCGGUAAUCAAGCCGCGUAUGAACAUUUCGAGACCAUGAAGAACCAGUGGAUUGACAAUGUUGAAAAAAUGACAGGUUUGGUGGACGAGGCUAUCGACACCAAGUCCCUCCUGGAUGCAUCGGAGGAGGCCAUCAAGAAGGACAUUGACAAGUGCCGCGUCGCCAUGGCCAACGUGCAGCCCCAGCUGCUGGUUGCCGGGGCGACCAGCAUUGCCCGCCGGGCCAAUCGUGUGCUCCUGGUGGCUAAGAGGGAGGUGGAGAACUCGGAGGACCCGAAGUUCCGUGAGGCGGUGAAGGCGGCGUCGGAUGAGCUGAGCAAGACCAUCUCCCCCAUGGUGAUCGACGCCAAGGCUGUGGCGGGAAACAUUCAGGACCCAGGGCUGCAGAAAAGCUUCCUGGACUCGGCCUACAGGAUUCUGGGAGCUGUAGGCAAAGUGAGAGAGGCCUUCCACCCCCAGGAACUUGACUUUCCUCCUCCUCCUCCCGACCUGGAUCAGUUGCAUGUGAAUGAUGAGCCAGCCCCUCCCAAACCGCCCCUCCCCGAGGGCGAGGUCCCGCCCCCCAGGCCCCCUCCCCCAGAGGAGAAGGACGAGGAGUUCCCCGAGCAGAAGGCCGGCGAGAUGGUGAGCGAGCCCAUGAUGGUCGCCGCCCGCCAACUCCACGACGAGGCCCGCAAGUGGUCCAGCAAGCCCGAAGUGGCAGACGAGGGCUUUGAGCCCGCUGAGGCGGACGUAGAUAUAGACGAUGAGGACGAAGUGGAGGAUAUUGAGUACACAGACAAUGAAGACGAUUACGAGCCAGAGCUGCUCUUAAUGCCCUCCAAUCAGCCCGUAAACCAGCCCAUUCUGGCCGCUGCUCAGGCUUUGCACCAGGAAGCCCGCAAGUGGUCCAGUAAGGGUAAUGACAUCAUCGCCGCUGCAAAGAGGAUGGCGCUGCUGAUGGCAGAGAUGUCCCGCCUGGUGCGGGGCGGCAGCGGGAACAAGCGCGCCCUCAUCCAGUGCGCCAAGGACAUCGCCAAGGCUUCCGAUGAGGUCACGCGGCUGGCCAAGGAGGUGGCCAAGCAGUGCACGGACAAGCGCAUCCGCACCAACCUGCUCCAGGUGUGUGAGCGCAUCCCCACCAUCAGUACACAGCUGAAGAUCCUGUCUACUGUAAAGGCCACCAUGUUGGGUCGCACUAAUAUCAGCGAAGAGGAGUCCGAACAGGCGACCGAUAUGCUGGUCCACAAUGCCCAGAACCUGAUGCAGUCCGUGAAGGAGACGGUCCGAGAGGCCGAGGCGGCUUCCAUCAAGAUCCGGACGGACGCCGGAUUCACCCUGCGGUGGGUGAGGAAGACCCCCUGGUACCAGUAAAUUGGUCUGCUCCAUUUCGACCUUACAAUACAUCAACCCACCACCAGGGGGCAGAGGAGUGGCCUUCUGAUGGACCGGACUGUUGCCGGCCGUCUUGUUUGCAGAAAACAAACCUCUCGCCUGGACAAAUAUCAUCUCCUAUCACUUGCUUCCUUUGGGGAUUUAUAGUGUUCUUUUCAAAGGUUUGUGGCAAACCCGACCACCAGCUUCAAUCGUGGCAGAAAUGCUACUUAAAACAAAUAUACUGUUAUUUAUAUAUUUUUUUGCAUGGACAGUUUAUAAGCUUCAAGGACAGAUAAACUUUACAGUACCUUUUCAAUGAUGCUUUAACUUUUUUUUUUCUAAUUUAUGAGUUCUGUGAAGCAUACUAAUAAUUCUGUUUCAACGCUGGGAAUUUUUUAGUGUGUGUAUAUAUUUUAAUUGCUUAAUUUUAAAAAAUUUGCUUCCAUUUCUGUAUUCAGAAACUCAGUCUUUAAAUUACACAGGAAAUACAGCUGUACAGCUUUUGCAGCUGUACACAAAAUUAUUUCAGCUGAAUUCCUGCUGUUUAGACAAAACCUUUGAUCCUAAUGUGAUAUUUAAGUAAGCUUUUGAGUUGUUUACACCAGCUGGUGCUUAGUGAGCUUUCAUGUAUUGUAACAUAAUGUAUUUAACAUUUCAUAAAUGCGCCAAAGAUUUUAUUUAGCCAUGUAUUGUUUGAAACUCAUUACAUUUAUGUUUGUGUUUUUUUUUUUGCAAUAUUGAAAAAGGAUUUUUUCUAAGCAGUCUGCAAGUCUAAUUACAAUUUGAAGACAGAAUGCAAAAACAACACUAACCCAAUAUUUAGGGUUAAACUCAAUUAAAUCAUUGCGCAUUGUCCCUACUUUUGAGCGACAAAUUUCUAUUGUAAUUAGAAAUGGCAAUGUUGUAUUUAUUCUAUAUUUAUUCUCUCAUUCUUGCCUAAAUGAAUGUCUUAGUGUUAAAAGACAAAGCACAUUAGCAGUUGACUGGAGUUCAACCCCUUUACUCUUAGUAGUAAAAAAAAAAACAAUGUUAAAGUAAAAGAUUGUAAUUUUGUAUGGUUUUAAUUUAUAGUUGUAUGAAAGAUUUCUGUGUGUUUUGCUGCUGUAAGAUUACUCCUGACUACUACCAGAUGAAAUAUAAUGCAACACCAGGAAUGGGUGUACUGCAUCCUCUGGUACUUUUCAGUGAAAACAAAAAAUCACUGAUCUUAAUGAAUUACUUGAAGUAAUCAGUAUUAAUUUGUUGUAUUCUGUCACUUAAAUGAGCACAGCAUUUAUUUGAGGAAGGGUACGAGAAGCCGUUGUUAAGAAUUCAGGACGUACACGUCCCGGUAGGAGAGGAGUUCCCUGGGGGUCUGUGUGUUUAAACUGCUGCACUGUCUACAGUGAAGAUCUACUGCAGUCGCAGGGCUAGCAGACAGCACUACUGUGAACCUGGAUGUGUUACAAGUGUGUGACGCAGUCUAGCCUCGUAUCCAGCCACUGACGCACACUUUGUGUUAAUGUAGUCGAUGCAUUUCACACCAAGACCUCAGAGCAGAGUCUCAGAGAGUUGUGUGUGUGCUAUUUUUAUUUUAUUUUAUUUUUUUGGGGAUUUUCCAACAAGCAUGUGACGCUGGAGAAAAACUGUGGUAAACUGCUGCAUUUUGAAUGUAAAUAUACUGCUGCAGUCCUGUUUUUACAAUGAAGCCAUCCGAUCUCUGUGCCUUGGGAAAAAAAAAAAAAAAGGUUUGAUAGUCUUAUUUCUUUUUCUGUUUCACUGUAACUCUGUAAAGCUAGCCUCCUUAGCAUCAGUGGCUCAGUGAAAGCAUUUGGAGACAAAAAGAAAGAACAAGCAUUCAGGUGGCUAGCAACAUCAAAGUAAAAUCAUGAUUACUUUGAUGCACUGGAUUUGUCAUAAUGCUUAAUUCUUGGAGGUUUACAUUGUCAAAUCUGACAGGCUUUUAAUAAAGUAUUUUGUAACCUU